AUGAAAGCAGAGAUGGGCAUGUCUUGCGCUGGUAGCGUACUUGACUGCAAAAAAAGUCUUAGGAAGACAUUUUUUUUGCAGCGGCAAUUUGGAUCUCUUGAUGAUGAUCUAUAUGAUAAAAACGAUGAGUCAUACUCUAAAUUUGCAGAGCUAAAUAUUGAAGGAAGACAAUUUGAAUAUGAAGGUUUUUAG